CCUGGUUAUAGGCGGCCAAUCAUAUUCUAACAAUUUACGGCAUAGGGUGAAGAUGUGUGUUACAACGUGUCUUAUUUAAUAAUAAUUUUGAAAUGUUUAAAAAAUAGAGCAUCGCGUAAUGGAAUUGUAUCCGUUUAAUCAUUAUUAUUAAUAUAUUUAUUUUCAAGUUGAAUGGUUAUCACAGCUGGGAAUUAUCAGUUAUCAACAUUCGAAUCAUGGAUUGUCAACGCUAGCGAGCCAAUAAAUUAUCUUUUGUUGCUUUGUUCUCGCAGAAGUUUAUUCCUUGAUCAUGGUUCGAGGCAGAAGAAAAUAUAACAAAGGUCGAAUGAAACCAAUUACUGAGGCUCUAGAAGAUGCAUCUAGUGGUGUUCCUAAAAAGAAGGACUCCAAACUUUCAAAAGAAUUUCAGGGUAAACUAUCCCAUGCAAGUCCUCAAAUCAGAACUCCAUCAAUUACAAAAUUUUUCUCGUCACAAGGAUAUCCUGAUCGUAAGCAAAAAAUCAAGACAAAAUUGGGUGAGAAUGUUGCAAGAGAAACGCCUGCCUCGUCUGUGGGUAGUCUGACCAGAAUGCCAUGUGCUGAUCCUGCAGACUCUGCCGGAGCUGAUGAUGGUGAAGAGAAAUUUGUACCGCAGCCAGUUGGCUGCAGCCCUCACAAGAUACAGUUGUGUAAAGACAUCACGUCUCUCUCUCCUUCAAGUGCUCUCUCACAGCUGUGUAUCUCUCUGUCUCCAAAGCGGGCAGUAAAGUCUCGGCGAAGGCUGAACCCAAGCCAGACGCUGAACCAGCAGUAUGCACCAAAGAUUGUCCCAAAGCUGAAUUGUUGCAAUGGUGUUUCUGUCGCGUCUGGCAACCACAAAUUGACGGAGUAUUUCCCGGUACGGCGGAGUGUACGCAAGACAAAGACGACAGUGCUAGAGGAGCAACAGCGUGAUCUAGAGGAAGCAAUCUUGUCUCAGAGGGAGGAUGGACUUGAGGUUGUCCACAACUUUGAGGGAAAGGGGCGUGGUAUUGUAACAACAAGACUCUUCUCUAAAGGAGAGUUUGUGGUGGAGUAUGCAGGAGAGUUAAUUGACAUAUGCGAAGCAAAGGAGCGGGAGAAGAGAUAUGCCCAAGAUCAGAACACGGGCUGCUAUAUGUACUAUUUUAACUACCGGAACAAUCAAUACUGUGUGGAUGCUACAGCAGAAUCUGGUCGUCUGGGACGGUUGGUGAACCACAGUAGGAGUGGUAACCUCAUCACCAAGACAGUGCCCAUUGCGAACCAACCUCAUCUGGUGCUGAUUGCGAAGGACGACAUCCCCGCAGGUGAAGAAGUGAUGUAUGACUAUGGGGAUCGCAGCAAGGAGUCCAUACGCUACCACCCCUGGCUUGCAUCAUAAUGCCUAUGUGUAUAUGAUGGUACCUUCAGUAUUGAACUUGACGUAUGUCAUUUUGCUUCAUCUUGGCAGGGAUUUGAAGUAAUAUGACGUGUAGCUGAGUAACAACUGAGCGCAGACGUACGUUGAAUGAUUGUUCAGUCUCAUGUAGUUGAAUGGUAUUUGAUAGUAACUUUUGGAAGUUCUGAGGUCUAUCACUGAAGGUUAAAUUUGUGCUCAACGAACAUUGAAAAGUUCUAUGAAUUUUUAUUGCAUUUUGGUCUGAUCAAUAAGAAGAGAUACAUUUUGUUUGAAAGUUGACUGGUGUAGAAUUGAAGUUUUUGUUAAAGGAUAGAUUUGUAUGGGAGUUCAUAUCACUGCCACCAUUAUUGAAAUGGCAGUUUUGUAAAUGAUCAUUCUUUAGCAUUGUCUAUAUCGUCUGUUGCGGUAGGUUUAGUUAGGAAAACUUGAUACGUUGUCAAGAUAAAAGAUCUCUGAUGAUGCAUUUGUUGCCGAAAUAUGUUCCGGAGUCUUAGGAUUAGAGGGAGUUGUGUAUUUAUUAGGUAUCUACAUAUAUGUAUUUUAUACAUCCGAUAGUAUGUUUUGAUUUGUGUAAAUGGGUCAUAGGGUGGUUGAUCUGCUGUCUGUCAGCUCUCUUCUGGGGUUAUGACGUGAUGUGCACAGCAGAAGAUGCAUUCAUAUUGCAGACAGCUUCUGAUACUAGGUGAAACUGACUUAAAAUCACGCAUAUUUCCAUUAUCACAUGCUGCCAUUCAGCUUUAGUGUAUGUAGUUACCAUUUUGUUAUGUAUGAACGUUUAAAUUAUAAUCAAAUGAGGACACACAUGCUGCUUUAAUCCAAGGCACAUUGUCUUAUUUUCUUUCAUAAUAUUGUGUAAAGCAGGUUACAUAAACUGUAUUACUAUUAUGUGAAACUACAUUGUCACUUUACAGACUGCUGUUUAUUAUUCUACUGUAUGAACGUGUCUUAUUCUGUGAAGAUUUGCAUUAUUAACAUAUGAAAGCAUCUGUAACUGACAAAACCUCAUUUUUGGUAUGUGGACCUAAAGUUUUUUAUAUACCCCUCUACUUAUUUAUUCUCUUGAAACUGAAUUCUUAGUCCUGAGGCAGUUUAUCCAGACUGAAAUUUUCAUGACUUUCCUGAGUGCUGUAAGAAAAUGCUGGUAUAGUGCCUUAAAUUAUGCCAUGACUAAUUCCUUCCACAUCCUUUCCAAUUCAUCAUUCACGGCCAGGAGGCAGUUGAGAAAGCAUUAUUAAAUAAACUAAGGCAGUUCACUUAAUAUGUUAGGAAAGGUAUGCAUAACAUAACAAUUAUGGUGUGAUGACCAGGAUGAGACCGUCGGCCUUUGAAAACGGUACCAGUGUCAUCAGAGUUUUCUGGUGUCAGUGGCCUGUGUGUGGGUACAGUGUGUGAUGCCCAUCGGGGUACAUAAUGACAUGAAGGAUUCUGCCACAUGGUGGUAAGACUGGCUGAAAAUUCUUCACAUGGGUAGUUUCAUAGCUGGAGGUUCCCCACACACAAGCGUAGUUAGGUCUUAUAAAGCGCCCAUUAUUGUCAAAUUUAAUGAAAGUCUCUCAAGUCAUUCUCGUGUUAAUACAGACACAAAGCUAGUAAGUGCAUUUUUGCAACUUGUAUUGUGAACACGCAUAAAUAUGUUUGCUAAAGCAAAUGACAAUACGUUUAAGAGGUUACUGAUUUCCUGUGACUUGGGAUUGGAGUCUGCAUUGAGCUGUCAACUCAUUUCUGUUGAUAAAGCCAGGAGGACAUAGUGUUACAUAUUUCGUCCACUAUUUCAGUACCAUUUCUGGCCAUUUGCAUUGUUAUAGAAUAAUAAUUUCCAGAAUGUGGUAAUCUGCUAUGGAAACUAGUUUUAAUCCAUAAUUCCUUGUUUGUCAUUUUCUCCCCUGUAGUUUGCACGAACAUUCAUUGGUGCUUCUACCAGAAUUUUAAGUUUUGUGUCUAUCCUAUGUGAAAUACAAGUAGCAUUCAGCUGACAAUGUGUGCAGUUCAGCUCACAUGAAUACAUGACACAUUGCAUCAUAUCAGUGGAGCAGCUUUGUUAAUGUGCUAUAAUUUUAUACACAUUUUUAACAGCCAUAUGUAAGCUGUUUUCCCCCGAGUUUUUGUGUAAUGCAUUGUAGACUGUAGUGAAUAAACUCAUGACUUACGUUGAAAA